UUUUAAAACGUCCAUGCACCGCAGAUUUCCAACAGAGGCAUGAGGAAGAAUUAAUGCAAGUACAAGAAAAACUCCGGUCCCUCUCUGAUGACCAUGGUCAUGACAGCUGUCAAUCAUCAGAUGCAGGUGUAAACGAUGCGGAAGAUUUGCCGUCAAAUGGAGAAAUAUAUGAAGCUAACAGUAACGAAGCAGUUGACGAAAAUAGACAAGCUAAACCGUCACGACAAAAACUUCAUGACAUUUUGAACAGGGAACUGUCGGCGUUUUGUGAAAAAAUGUGUAGUAGCGAAACUGGCGAUGUAUCUAAAGAAGAAGAAACAAACCAAAGGCAUGAGGUUGCCGAGGGCGUGGAUGCGAACUUGAGAGCAGAAGAUAGUGCUGGAACAGCAAUGUUAGACUCUAGAGAUGGGAAGCAGUCAAGCAAUCAGGAUUUUAUCGAAGAGAUAGACAAUUUGAAACGGAAACUAGCUGAUAGUUUGCUUCAUUUUGUUUCUUCAAAUGAAGUUACAGCAGUUGUCAGAAGUCCACCGCGGGAACGUCGACAAGAGGUUGAAGUCAGAAGCCUGGCUCUGUAAAAACAAAUAAAAGAGAUGGCGACUCUUCAACUACAACUUGACACUGAACGAGAAGAGAAGAGAAUCCUUCAAGAACAGCUACAUGAAGCUGAGACGUCAAGCAAGCAGGAAAUUUCAAAACUCGAGAAGGAACUAUCUCAGCUCACAGAAAAAGUUAAACGAAAACAGGAAAGCUACCUACAGCUUCAAGAGGAAAAGGAGAAACUUUAUUCGGAAAACAAGAAAUCUCUUGAGGAGUUCAAAAUCGCGAAAGAACACGAAAUAGAGGUUCUUACCGAGCAAUUGGCAAAGCUUCAAGAGGAGGUUAACACUUCCAAUCAGGCGUCGUUAUCUGCAGAAGAAACGGAACAGGUCGUUGCAGGACUCAGGCAAGAAAAUGCGUCUUUGGUCAUUGAAGGGCAAGAGCUGCGAGCGAAAGUGAAAACAAUGAGGGAGGAGCAGGAAGAGUCUGAGGACCUGAUAUCUCAGUUGGAAAACAAAGUGUCUUUAACUGAGACCCGCUGUGCUGAGCUGGCCAUGGAGGUAGAUGAGCUGACAGCCCAUGUGAAGGAGCAGAACACCGCAGUUGAUGGCUGGAAUGAACAGAUAUCACAGCUAACAUCGGAGCGUGAUCAACUGAAAGACUCGCUGGAAGAAGUAACGAAGGUCGCCAAGAGUCGUAAAGAAUUAGCUGACAAGAUGGCCAUCGACAAACAGACGACAGAUGCGGCUCACAAAGAUCAAAUGGAAAAGAUGCAGGAAGAAUACAAGAAAGAAAUGAAUGAACUUAGAGAUGUGCUGACGGGAGAGAAGAAACUACGCAAAGAAGUUGAAGACUCGCAACAGAAGUUAGCAGAAACUAAGGCCAAACUACAGUCUUUAGAGAGCAAGAGCGGAUGGUUUGAGAGAAGACUCGCUGAAACAGAGGAAAACUUGAAAGAAGAGAAAGAAAGAAAUGAGCAAACACUGGCCAACCUGCAAGUGGAACGCGAAGAGGAACUUAAAUCUUUGCAAGAAGAGAGAGAGAAAGGCGAAGGGGAAUUCCAGUCUCGGAUUAGUGGGUUACAGGAGCAAAUGGAAGAAAAGGAGCAAGAAAUGGAGAAAUUACGACAAGAACUGAAGGAUAAAGAAGUGGAAAACAAAAUUGCCGGCAAGAAAGGGGAUCAGCUGGUUAAGGACCUGAAGCGUCAGCUCAAACUGGAAAGGAAAAGAGGCGAGCAGCUACAGCAAAAAUUACAAGAAGCUACAUCAGAAAACAGAGUCAACACAGCAUUUGAGGAUAUGUUUGUUGGAAGGGAACAUCAACGACGAAAUAGCGGUGAUUCAUCAAUCGUUAGUCCACCGUCAAGAAGUGAAGUGGACAGCCCAGAAUAUAGGCCCCCAAGCCCCGCCGCGUCCAGGAUCAGUAUGCUUAACGACGAUACCACUGACCUUAUAGAGCGACUCGCGGACGCUCAGCAAGAGAAGUGGCUCCUCGAAGAAAAGGUUCGCCAUCUUGAAGAAAAUGGAGCAGCGCUAGCAGAAGAUCUAUUACGAAAAUCAGCUAUAAUUCAGGCAUACGCCAUGGAAACUAAAAUCGGUCCCAUAGCGGAGUCUCCAGCGAAACCAUCUCCAGCCGCUUCGAUUUCUUCUUUGAAAGAGAAGAUCCGGUCUCCUUUCGGUAAAACUAAGGCUGAGAACACCAGAAAAAUACAGCUGAUGCUGGAGGAAACACUCACAAAGAACGUUCAAUUACAGCAGGACGUGGACGCAAUGUCUAAAGAACUUCAAAGAUUCAAACAAGAAGAAUUGAUUCCUCCGGAACUCAAUGAAACUUCGGAUUCAACGUUAGAUUCAAGUUCAUGGAAGGCCACAGAGGAACGAGAAUCUGAGUCCAGUUAGCAAUUUUUAACUUAGUUUAAUUUUAGGUCUUCGUACAUUCUUUUCAAGUUCUGAGAACCUUGGGUUACGCUGACAUCCAUUGGGCUCUUAACUCUUAAACGAGAGGCUCUUAUGAGUGACCAAGACAGCAUUUCUCUUUACAAUAUCAAUACAAUAUCAAGCAGGCAAGUGAUGAGAAUAAAGAAAAAUAUCAGUAAGGGGAGAACUAGUUUGACGCAAUACCAAAUUCUUCGAGCCAAUAUCAUAAAAAUUGUAUAGCAGACAGGAAGGAGAAUUUCUAAAGAAAUCCUGGCAGUGAAAUGGUUAGUACGACUUAUCAUCUUAGCGCAGGUUUAGUAAUAGUCAGCUGUUAACUGACGAAGAGUUUGUCCGGGAGCAGUGCCUCAGAUAGACAUGGGUGCUGUUAUUGGGGGGCCACUCUUACCGGAUAAAGAUAACUUCCUUACAGAAGUUCUCCUACGUACUAGUUUAUGGAUGGUAUUCAAAUCUCGUACAGAACUGUCCGAUUAAUGAAAAUGUUAUUAAAUAACAGAGCUGACUAGAAUUUUGAAACCAGCGCUCGCCCAGAAGAGUUCUCCGCCGGAUACGCGGUUAUUUAGCAUUAAAGAUGCGGGGUUUUAACUAAAUUUGGGGUCCUAUUAAUUCAGGUUUCAUUUUAACAUUCUCAAAAUAUCACCAAUAUAUAAAUAUAUAUUUCAUAGGUCUUGUAAAACAGAUUCAGAUAUAUAUUUCUCUAAAAAUAAAUCAUAUCGGGAUCGGAAUGUUUUACUUUACUUUUCCGGUUUCCUGAUUAGUGUUCUUUCCGACGAGAAGCGAAGUCAAUUUUCACUCGGGUAUUAACUGAAAGAAAAUCUUUGGUAUCGUUUAAGCGCUAGGUUGAUAAACAUUGUAGCGAUCAUUUUCAGCGAAAAUGCAAAAAGCGUCUCUGGAGUAAAAUUAUAGAUAUUACACCAAUUAUUUUAACGAGAUAGAUACGCUAGUAUUGCUAGUAUCAUUUUUUUUUGUAAUAUUCUGAAUAACCUAUUUACGCACGCCUCGUGUUGAGUAAAGUAACGUUUGUAAAUACAACUAUUCAAUGAACUAGGAAAGCAUUGUAGAGAAUAUAAUUAGCCCUUUAGUUCUGGCGGACGAGUUGAUCGAGGGCUUGGCAUUAUGCGAUUUGCCUCUGUUUACUUGAUCAAAUUAGAUAGAGGAAGCGAAUACAGUCGAACGAUAUUACAAGUACCUAUAUUAUACUUACUCACGUCCGAUAAGUCAAAAUAAACACGAAAAUUUGAUGCAUUUAUACGUGUUAUUACACGCGUAAUGCGUCAAAAUAAGGUCGAGAGGUAUAUAGUGAACGAACUUGAAAUUAAUUUAAGCGUGAAAAAGGAAAUUACAAAGUUUUGAGAUUUUCACUGCUGCUGUCUUCGUCGAUGCACUACUUUGAUGCCUUUCAAAGAUCAACUCAGCAUAUUUUGCCCAGCAAAGGAAAUAGACGUUUCACUAAAGGUCUAGAGGGAAACGAUAUUUCAAAAUAGGUAAGCUGUGUACAACAAGUUAAGUAUUGUUCAUCUCAGAAUCUUAAACGUAGUAUAAAGUUGUUUUUUUUU